UUUAACUCGUGUUACGUUCCUGCUUUUCUUUUUCUUUCCUCCAGCUGAAGCCUUGAGCGGUGACCGAGUCUCUUCUUCCUCUUCUUCUUCUUUUGUGUUGCUCCGCAGCUCGUGGAUGGUCUCUUUUCUUUUUUUGGCUCCUCGGUGUUCUUCGGUUUUCUUUUCCAGGUUCCAACACCUUUCCUCGGGGGACAUGAGCCGGAGUAACUGAAUCAAAAUCGGAAUGACUUCCAGUGAACGGCCGCUGAUUGGAUCUUAGUGCCGAUCCAUCGGAGAGCGCCAUGAGCAGAUGACAACGGGCGGCGGUCUUUAACUCCUCUUCCCCGCGCAAAGAGCCUGAUAUCCACUCGGAGUACGAGCAUCGAGUCCAAGGACGCGUUCACUCCCCCUCCGCCUGCAGGACGAUGGGAGUGAGAACAUAAAGAUCUGCACGGUCGAGGGAGGCUUAAUGAGUUCCAAGGGAUUUUAAAACGACACCGUGUGAGAGGAUCGGGCAACCAUGUGGACGUUAGCUGCGACCGUCCACCGUCUUCUGGCUGCCGCGCUGCUAUUGGCCGCCUGCCUCCAAUCACUGACGGCGACCGAGGAUGACGUCACACCGCGCAUCAGCUUCCCUUACAAUGCAAAGGAGAGGUCGGCCAAGAGAUUCUCGGCGGGCGGCGUCUACAACUACACGUCGCUGCUGCUCAGCCAGGAGGACGACAUGCUGUACGUCGGAGCGCGGGAGGCGCUGUUCGCCCUCAGCCUCUCCGACAUCGGCAACACCGAACUGCAGAAGAACCUGACGUGGGGCACUCCUGCUGGAAAAAGAGAGGAAUGCAGCUUCAAGGGGAAGAACCUGGAGACUGAUUGCUUCAAUUACAUCAAAAUCCUCCUGCGGCUGAACUCCACUCAUCUCUAUGUGUGUGGCACCUUCGCCUUCAGCCCGAUCUGCGCCUACAUAAACACGUCGACGUUCACGCUGGAGAGAGACGACGUGGGCGAGGUCGUGAUGGAAGAAGGACGCAGCCGCUGCCCCUUUAACCCCGAGUACAAGUCCACCGCCAUCAUUGUUGAUGGUGAAUUGUACACGGGGACCGUCAGCAACUUCCAAGGCAACGAGCCCGUCAUCUACAAGAGUUUAGUUCAUGGAACGGCUCUGAAGACGGAAAACUCUUUAAAAUGGCUUCAAGAUCCGGUGUUCGUGGGCUCGGCGUUCAUCGAGGAGAGCCAGCCGGUCGGAAACCCCGUGGGAGACGACGACAAGAUCUACUUCUUCUUCAGCGAGGCGGGGAAAGAAUUCGACUUCUUCGACAACACCAUCGUGUCGAGGAUCGCUCGCGUGUGCAAGGGGGACAAAGGCGGCGAACGGGUGCUGCAGAAAAAGUGGACGACUUUCCUGAAGGCCCAGCUGCUGUGCUCCCUCCCCGAUGACGGCUUCCCCUUCAACAUCAUCCAGGACAUGUUCGUCCUGAAGCCCACGGGCGACAGCUGGGAGAGCACCGUCUUCUACGGCGUCUUCACCUCCCAGUGGUACAAAGGAGCGUCGGGCAGCUCGGCGGUGUGCGCGUUCACCAUGGCGCAGGUGGAGAGGGCGUUCAGCGGGCGCUACCGGGAGGUCAACCGGGAGACGCAGCAGUGGUACACGUACAACCACCCGGUGCCAGAACCGCGGCCGGGAGCGUGCGUGACCAACCACGCCAGGCAAAUGGGCAUAAAGUCGUCCUUGCACAUGCCCGAUAAAGUGCUCAACUUCGUGAAGGACCACUUCCUGAUGGACAGCGUGAUCCGCAGCGCCCCCUUGCUGUUGAAGCGCAGCGUGCGCUACACGCAGAUCACCGUGCACAAGAUCCAGGGCAUGGAGCGGGCCUACGACGUGCUCUUCAUCGGCACGGAUGAUGGGAAGCUCCAUAAAGCCAUCAACGUCAACGAUAAGAUGCACAUCAUAGAGGAGAUGGUUCUGUUCCCGGAGCCUCAGCCGGUGCAGCACAUCGAGCUCGAUCCUCAGAGGGGUCUGUUGUUUGUGUCGUCCAACUCGGGGCUGGUGGAGGUUCCUGUGGCCAACUGCUCCAACUACCUGAGCUGUGGCGAGUGCGUGUUGUCCAGAGACCCGUACUGCGCCUGGACCGGGCGGCUGUGUCGGGACGUCAGGAUGGCGCCGCCUGACAGUCACUGGCAGCAGGACGUGGAGGAGGCCGACACGUCCGCCAUUUGUAACCGGACGUUUCCCAGCCCCAGAUCUGCCAGACCGGCGACUUCUCGUGGCUCCCAGUGCAAGCUCAUCAUAAUCCCAGCCAACACCUUCAGAGUCCUGCCGUGUAAGCUGCGCUCCAACUUGGCCCGGAGGAAGUGGCGCCACAGCGACGCCGCCGGCCAGUUCCUCUACGCCACGCCCGAGGGGAACCUGGUGGUGGUGGCGCAGGCCGACCGGACGGAGACCUACGAGUGCUGGUCGGAGGAGGAGGGCUUCCGCCAGCUGUUGGCCAACUACUGCGUGCGGGCGCAGCCCCGCCAGGAGAGCACCACCCUGACCGGUCGGCCGCGCACGCCGCACAUCGAGCCCGAGCAGGAGACCGUCGUCCUGCCGGGCGAGUCUCGCUCCCAGCAGCUGCACGCCAAGACGUACUGGAACGAGCUGAUCGCGGUGUGCGCCCUGCUGGCGUUCUCCCUGGUGGUGUUCUCCCUGUUCGUCGUCUACCGGAACCGGGAUCACAUGAAGUCCAUGCUGAAGCAGGGCGAGUGUCCCAGCAUGCAGCAGAAGAAGCCGAGGAUUGUGGGGAAACCCGCCGAGAGCCUGCCGCUCAACGGCAGCGCCGUCCCCGUCUCCACGUCGGAUCACAAGGGCUACCAGACGUUGAACGACAACUACAUCUGCAGCACGCCCACCCACGAGUCGUCGCCCGACAACAGCAAGAGCUUCUCCGAGUCGUCCGACCGGCGGCUGCUCAACGCCAAGGAGAGCCACGUGGAAUACUCGCCGACCUGCCCGCGGCCCCGAGUGAGGCUCGGCUCGGACAUCAAGGACUCCAUCGUCUGAGAGCACAGUAUUCUCUUUCAAAAAAAAAAAAAUUUAAAAAGAGGCCGCCCUGUUGUCUCCGUGGAGGAGGCGGGGCCACCGAGCAACAGGAGAGGUGACCCUGACGUCCCUCUACGCCACAGCGCAUCUUUUUAAAAUUUCCGUCAUCUAUUUUUUUUCUUUUUUUCUGUGAUCAUCAAUCGGAGGUUAUUUACAUCGCUUCAUCCUUUACACUCCAGAGAUUGUUCUGGCGUUGCUGCAAAGAAGAGGAAGAGGAAGAGGCAUUCCACUUUGGUUUUUUAACCAGGACCCAUAACCGAGGCAGAUGCUCAGAGUAGUUAUUACAGUCUUUGUUUGAGUCAUCCUCAUGGCCACUAAUGUGUGUGUGUGUGUGUGUGUGUGUGAGGGUUGGGCAAAAAGAAGACCUCUUCAUAUAUCUAUAUAUAUCACAGUAUCUAUUUAGGUUUAUGCCUAUCACGGGAUCCAAUAUAAACAAUACAUUAUGAAUAUCGACAGGUUUUCCAGCCCAGAAGACGGCCGCGACAAAGGCAACGCUUCACUUUUUUUUAAACACAUCAGAACCAGAACUACACCCAGAACUACAAGCCACACUGGAGUUCAGGAGAAUAUAAUACAAGCAUUUCGAAGUCAGAUUCACAUUUGGCUGAAUAAAUGUCACGACUGUGAGGAUGAACGACGAGUCGGAGGAACAAGAAUGAAAAAGAUUGAAAGAAAGAUGAUCAACGAAAAAAAUGUGUCCAGGACCUAAAAUACUGACGUUUACCUCCUGAAUGUAAAGGUGUCCUUUCAUACGUCACUGCGCCACGGACAAUUUCGGGAAGCCCUGUGCUUCAGUGUUGACCUGUGACAAGUAAACGAAUACGGAAAGAUGACCUCGGAUUACAUCGGUCACGGUGGACGUUCCGAGCACCGAGAGCCGAGAAGGAAAAAGAAAAACAAAGCACCUGAAAUCCUCACGUGCAUUGUGCCAAAACGAUCUAAAUGCAACAGUGCCAUCCUGUUCUGACCACUCCCAUGCGUCGCAAUAGCAUCGAUCACGUUCAUUGAUCAUUGAUCAGAGCACACGGGGCCCCGAGGUGGCUUUCACGAAGGUAAAAAUGGCACUAAUAAUAAACAAAAUGUGACUGUUAGCUCAUGAACAAAGACUGUUUCAUACUGCGUUGUAGCCAAAAGGGAUUGACUUUCAAAGGAGGUUAAAUAUUUCAGUUCUCCUGCAGAAGGAGUCUUAAUACCUUCUUCGUGUACACUGAAAGCAAACGACCAUGUUUGAAACUAUUCAGCGCUAAAAACACUCAAACUAUUUGCUUAAUAUAAUUGCGGAAAAAAAUCCAAUAACAUCAAAUAACCACUGCAGUGGAGAGAUAGUGUUUCAUAUCGUCUUAUCCGGACGUAGCGCUGCACUACCACCCCCGGCCACCAGGUCACGUUUCUUACAUGCAUUGAUCCACUCUCGCUCACUCGGACGUUGACGUAAAAGCACAAAGUAAUCACGUAAUCAGGGUCUUGAGACACUCGCAGGUUUGCACGUCGGUUCAAAUCCGCUCGUACUCUUAAGAAAUGCAACUACUGAGGAAACGGAAAUGUGCGGCUGCCGAGGAAAAUACCUUUUUUUUGGUAUCUGUUCUUGCAGGGACCAGUGCAGCCAUUUAUGAACACACACACACGCUUUGCACCCACAUUGCUUUGACUCUCGAGACUCGACAAACAGAAAUUCCUAAAGCAAGUAGGAAGCCGAGAGACAUUUCUUAGCCGUAAGGACAACAUGGCGCCACGUGUCUUAGAUAACAUCGCAACUCGCUGUAUUGACAAUAAGCCGACAGUAUACAGUAUAUAAUCCAGAAUAAACACGACGCAGAGGAUGUGAUGCUAUGUAACCGCGACAAGUUGACACAACAGUGGUCAGUGUUUCCUUGUUUUCUUAAUCUGUGUGUGUGUGUGUGUGUGUAUAUACAGUAUCCGUGCUUAAAUAUUGUGUGUUUUUUCCAAGGGACCUUGUGCAAGAUGUGUUUGUAGAGAUAGUCUUGAAACUAGAGUGAACACUGCUGAUAUAUAUAUAUAUUUUUUUUUUCAUCGUGCUUUACCGCCAACGCCGGCCAUACAUUUCAAAUCGUGCACAUGGUCUCGCCAUGUUUGUUUUUUAUUUAUCGAGCAUGUCCAAGCAGGAGGAGGUAUCUUGUAUUUUUUUUAUUGUUCAUGUCAUGCUGAAUUAGGGGAGGAAAUAUGCUUAUUCAUGUUCUGAGCGAAGAGCUAAAUGAGAUUUAAUUUGAAGGUACCAGCUGGCGAGAUCCCCUGGAAGACUUCUCAUGUUGCUAGUGUGUAUUUCCCCAAAUGGUCGACCUAAUGCUUUAAUCUAACCAAAUAAACAAAGAGUAUAACAUGACAAGAAUAAACGACACUCUAAAAGCCUCGGUGCAAACGCAUUGUUUAGUCUCCUGGACUAUAACGUGUCUCCGCUGCUUCAGAUGCUCGGUGGAUGAACCUCACCACGUAUUUUCAAAAAUGCCUUUUUAGGUGUCGAGUUGUUCUGCCUUUCUUUCUUUUUUUUGUUGCCGCAUGCCACAUCGUACGCUACCCGACAGUGAUGUGGUGAGAGGCGUGAUUGUAGCCCUGCACGGGCACACUGAUCUCCACAACACGGGUCGACAGUAGACUUACAGAUUCACCAGAGAGCCACCGUGACCUGUAAAGACAGGGCGACCCGGAGCCGCUCGAAAUCCUGCAUCAUUCUGCAAGUCUUUGCUUUUUUUUCGUCAGAAGUGAUACUGUGCACGUGGGAAUAUAUAUAUAUAUAUAAAUACAUUUAUAUAUAAAUAUAUUUGUAAAUUAAAAUAUAUUUAUUUAUAAUAAUAUGUUUAUAUAUAUAUAUAUAAAUAUAUUUGUGUAUGUGUAUUUAUAUAAAUAUAUUUAUAAUUUAUAUAUAUAUAUAAAUAUUUAUAUUAUAUAUAUAAAUACAUUUAUAUAAAUAUAUGUAUAUAUAGUAUUUAUUUAUAUAUUAAUGACGUACUUUUCAUUUAAAAGCAAAUAUUGCCAUAGUGAUUGAUGCUUCAUUUGGAGUGGCUCCUCCAGUAAUGCAACACACUGUACAUGGACAUGAAUGUAGCCAACUAUUACAUAUUAUGUAGAACAUAUACCGGUGUUUAUUUUCUUAAAAUAGCUAAAGUUGGUUUCCAUCGCAACAUAUUUCCAGGAUUCUGUUCAACCAGUCGUACUAUAGAGAACUGACACAUCGAGGUAAUUAAUCCUUUGUGCUGCAGUCAAAUUAAAGCCGGCUCCAAAUCCUCCAUAUCCGCCUCAGCACACUGAACACCAUAACGCUUAGUGGACUGAAUAACUAUUAGACAAAUGUGGUCUUGCCUGCAUGAAUUCCUCUUUUUUAUUUUUUAUUUGUUGUGUACAAAUAACAUUGUGAACUGUAUUUUUUGUAUCAUUGAGAUUGUGACUGUUGUUUUUAUUAUAUUGUACAUAAAAAGCACUUUAUUUUAAUUUUUUAAGAUAAAUUAAUAAAAUACAUGUUUUGACAUGCA